GUUCUUAGUUCCAAUUUGGCAGCUGCUACACCAACAUGCGUUCGCGAUAAACGAUAAGAACAUAUUUAUUAAAAUAAACAGUAACCAAACUCAAUCAGUGCCAUGAUGUAUUUUAUAGUUUUAUUAGUUGUGAUACCAAUAGUGUUCUAUUUGUAUGGUGUUAAAAACUACAGUUACUGGAAGAAACGAGGCGUAAAACAUGACGAUCCGGUGCCUUAUCUAGGAAACAAUGUGAAACAAUACACACAGCGAGCCAGUAUGGCAAUGACCGCUACUGACGUCUACAGAAGAUAUCCAGAAGAGAAGAUCGUCGGAUUCUACAGAGGAACCAGCCCAGAACUGGUUAUCCGAGACUUGGAUAUCGCCAAGAGGAUUUUGAUGACAGACUUUCAUCAUUUCUACCCCCGAGGGUUGUUGACGCAUAAAACGGUGAUUGAGCCAUUGUUGAAGAACUUGUUCUUUGCUGAUGGUGAUUUGUGGCGAUUACUCCGUCAUAGGAUCACUCCAGCAUUCAGCUCGGGUAAACUCAAAGCCAUGUUUCCCUACAUCACCGAACGAGCUGAGAAAUUGACAAUAGUUGCAGAAGAGUAUGCCGCAAAUAAAACAGUGUGCGAUGUGAGAGACCUCAUGGCCCGAUACACCACUGAUUUCAUCGGAGUAUGUGGUUUUGGAAUCAAUAUGGAUUCGCUAAGCGAGGAUAACUCUGAGUUCAGGAAACUCGGUAAGAGGAUAUUCCACAGGACACCUAGAGACGCACUAUGUGCGGUACUGAAGCAUGUGUUCCCUGAAAUGUUUAAGAACUUUAAUCUCUUAUCACCUGAAAUCGAAGAAUCUAUGGUGCAUCUUGUGAAUACUGUUUUGAAGCAGAGGGAUUACAAGCCUUCGGGUAGACAUGACUUCAUAGAUUUGAUGUUGGAAUUGAAACAAAGUGGCACAAUGGUGGGUGAGUCUAUUGAAGAAAGGAAUCCUGACGGUACACCGAAAAUAGUCAAACUAGACCUUGAUGACUUGCUCAUUACUGCACAAGUGUUUGUGUUCUUUGGUGCUGGCUUCGAAACAUCUUCUUCCGCAUCGAGUUACACACUACAUCAACUAGCGUUCAACCCCGAGUAUCAAGAAAAAGUGCAGAAAGAAAUUGAUGAGGUUUUGGCUCAACAUGACAACAAAAUAACUUACCAAGCGGUCAAAGAAAUGACUCUAUUAGAAAUGGCUUUCAAUGAGGGCAUGAGGAUGUAUCCUUCAGUAGGAUUCUUGAUCAGAGAAUGCGCUACGAAUAACUACACGAUUCUUGAAGUGGAUGUUACGAUAAGUAAAGGAGUAAAAGUUAUAAUUCCUAUUCAAGCGUACCACAAUGACGAAAAAUACUUCCCAAACCCUGAACAAUUUAUUCCUGAGAGGUUUACACCAGAAGCAAAGAAGAAUAUUCCACAUUAUGCUUACUUGCCGUUUGGAGAGGGGCCGCGAGCGUGUGUUGGUGCACGUCUAGGACAAAUGCAGUCGAUGGCUGGACUGGCGGCUGUACUUCAGAAGUUCACAUUUGAGCCGGCUGCCAACUCUAAGAAGGUCCCUACUCCCGACCCCAAGGCCAUAGUAUCAGAGAAUAUCGUCGGAGGACUGCCACUUCUUAUCAAGAAACGAAACAUGUAAUUUAUAAUUAGUUAUUAAUGAGUUAUUUCGGGACGGACUUUGGACUUUGUAUCGUUUAAAAUGUAUUUAUAGGUUAUUAUUAUGCUGCUUUUACGUUUUUGUUAAUUUAUUAAUAGAUUUUGUAAAUAAAUGUCUUGAGAAUAUGAUCUUAACCUUA